UAGUUAUAAAUAUAAGUCAUGUAAUUCUUUCAAAAGUGGAACUUGGCGUAAGACUGACGAGAGGCGACAGGGACAAUGGAACAUUAAUAAACAGCGAGGACUACUUCAAGCAAUGUCGGACGGUUUUCUUGGUAUGACCGAUGAUACUAAGUCCAGGAUAAAGAAAACAUGGACCAAAUUUUCAGAAAAACAAGAAGACAUGUAUGAGCUUGGGAUUCCAAUGUUCGAAAAGUUAUUUGAACUGAAACCUGAAACUAAGAAACUUUUUCAUUUUGACGAGACUAACCCAGAGAGAUGGGCAAAAGUAAAGGCUCAUGUUAAACUGUUAUUUGAUACAAUGGGUUAUUCCAUCAGUAUGAUUGACGAUCAGGCAGCAGUGACGCCUAUCAUUGUAGACCUAGGUACCAGACAUUUUUAUUAUGGAGUAAACCAGAAUUUCUACCUCGUAUUUGGCGAAUGCCUUAUCCAUGCAAUUACCGUAGCUCUUGGUGACACCUUUACCGAAGAAGAUAAGACAGCAUUUAUGACAUUCUAUCACUGGAUCGGUGGAUGCAUUGUAAAAGGAAUGUCUAUGGAGUCUUAUAAAAAAUAAACUGAUAUUACAAGGAACCUUUCGUUUGAUAUUAACCUAUGAUAGCAAUACACAGACUACAUCAUUACCUUAUCAUUGUAUGAUAACUGGUUAACAUCAAACAGUUUUAUAUAAAAAAACAAUUUGUAUAUAAACUUACAUCAUCUUAAUUCAUACUUUUGCAAUAUAAAUAUCCUAAUUUUUGCUUGAAGGAAAAAUUUAUGUUACAAAUAUUUAUAAAAAUGUGUUGAUGUGCAAUAUAUUCUAUUUUAUUACAGAAAUAAAAAUAGUUUGAC